AUCUACUCCCAUUAAAACAGCGCAAGAAGCCAAGGGGCUGUGAAUCUAUGAACACUGCAUUCAUGAUAGUACGUCUGCCGCUUUGCACGAAAUGCAUAUAUUACUGAACAAUUGGAGAAGGCGGUGUAGUAUAUAUAUAAGCAGCGGAGAUGUAUCCAGAUUUUCCAAUAACAGAAGUGCUGUAAAAUGUUGUUACCGUUCGUUUAGUGGGAUCCGCGAGUUCUCCCUCCGUUGUUGAGGUAAACGGGUGUUCUAGUGUUCCAUAAAACCAAGAAAAAAGGAAGCGGACAUAGGAAAAUGAAACAGUUUUUAAGGAUGCAUUCCACGGGAUUGAGUCUAAUGGUAUCCGACCUGAAGUUCUUUAGGAAGCCCGAACGAGUAUUAGGAUUCUUUUGAGCAGGCCCUAAUUGGUUUUGUUCAUCAAUUAACGUAAUUUCUGACAAUCAAUAGAAGAGUCGGCCGACAGGGAGCUUUGAUUUAGGAUGAGCUAUAAAUGUUUCCAAGUGAUUUCAGGAAGACAGCGUGAAUAAAAUGAGGAGUUAGAGGAGCAGGAUUCGUGGACAAGAUGGCGACGGGGAUGUCCAACACGGAGGUAUGCCGGGAGAAGCUGUUAAUGGCGUCCCUGAAGGCGCCGUCCCAGCAGCACAUCAAUGCCAACCUCCUGGUCUCCCUACCCGACUUCGACAAAAGUCGACGAAGAAGUACUAUACAUUCCUACACCCUCUCCAAUUAUCAUAGCCUUCCUCAUGAUCCCGAAACUCUCCGAACAGUGCGCGAAAUGAGUCAUGGAAAAGCACUGAAGAACGUUAUAGUCCUCGGGAUCGCCUUUAUGUUUAUUUUUACGGCAUUUGUUUCAUUGCAAGGACUCCAAAGCUCCCUUCAUAUUGAAAGCGGUGUCGGCGUGUUUUCUCUCUCUAGUAUCUACGUAGGAACUAUCAUUUCCUGUUUCUUUGCCCCAUGGAUUAUCCAACGCUUCACUACAAAAUGGACGAUGGUGAUAACCUUUGUAUUUUUCACGGGGUAUUUCGCCGGAAACUUUCAUCCCGAACAUUACAUGCUCAUCCCACUGGGCGCUCUGUUAGGCCUGCUGGCAGGCCCUCUGUUUAGCGCCCAAGCGACAUCAAUAACAACCAUAGCUUUAGCAUAUGCGGAACAUUCUCACAUCUCGGACCAAGACCAUGUCAUAAAUAAGUUCAUGGGUAUUUUCUGUGGACUGUAUCGAACCAGUAACAUCUGGGGAAACCUUAUCACAACACUCGUGAUAAAUAAGAACACCACUGGAACUGGAGAGUAUCAAUUGAACCAUUCGAACAUCUCUUGUGGGUCGCGAUAUUGUCUGAAAAAUAAAAGCUCAAACGAGGACCUGUCUCAGGAUCUGAUAACAACGAUAGACAACAGCACAAAAGUGAUGCUGCUCAGUAUCUACAUGGGCUGCGGGGUGAUGGGGAUAGUCACACUCAUCUCUCUGUUCGACCAGCACAAGCGAAGGCGGAAAAACCACCACUACAAUGACGACGAACUGACGUCUUCAGAAAUAUUUUUAUCCACGUUAAAGAUGUUCAAGGAUUCCAAAUGUCAGCUUCUGAUCCUUAUUGUGGUGUUCGUGGGGCUUGAACAGGGGUUCAUGUUCAGCGAUUUUACUCAGGCUUACAUAGCUUGUACCCUGGGUGUGUCUCAGAUAGGCCCAAUCAUGAUGUGUUUUGGGGCCGUGAGUUCCAUUAGCUGCAUUCUGAUCGGGAUCGUUGCCAGCCGCCAUAUCAAACGUUUCGCAUUCAUCGUGGCCGGGGCCACAUUCAACGUCGGUCUCCUGAUUGUUCUGUGGCUGUGGAAACCCACACUGGACGACGUCCCCAACUUCUUCGUCGUGGCGGGCUGUCUGGGUCUCUGUGACGCCAUUUGGCAAACACAGACAUACACUCUCUUUGGGGUUCUGUUCAUUGACAAACAGGAAGCUGCCUUUUCCUGCUACCGGAUGCUGUACGCCACCGGAUGUGCAAUAGCUUUUGGAUACAGCUAUUUCUUGUGCGUUCAAACUAAGGUCAUUGUGUUGGCCGGAGUGCUGAUACUAGCUCUGUUUCUGUACUGUGUGAUAGAGAUGAAGGUUCAACUGCAGAGUCAACAUAUCAGGGAUAUCGUUGCUCUGUAAGUUGAUGUCAGAGAUUCCGUAAUCUAGAGUGUAUGAUGUUGCAGUUUAAAAUGUGAUCUCUGUUUUAUAUAUAUAUAUAUAUAUAUAUAUAUAUAUAUAUAUAUAUAUAUAUAUAUAUAUAUAUAUAUAUAUAUAUAUAUAUAUAUAUAUAUCAAGAGUCAGUGAAAAGUGAUUCCCAACAUCGGGGCUUUAUGAGCGAUAUGUUUGUAGUAUGUUAUUCCAGAGUUCUAUUUGGCCGUAUAAUAUGAGUUGAAUUUUGUGAUGUCGGGUAUCAGAGCUCUGUAAGUAGGUUUCUUACAUGUCGGAGGUACUGAUAAAUUCAUAGCUCUAUAAACACCGAGAUGCUUUUUUGGAUACGAAAACUCGGAAAAUGACGUUCUGCAAUAGUAUGAUUCUAUAAGUUAGAUUUAAAGGAAGUGAAAGUUGUGUGAAUAUAGUGCUCUGAUGUCAUGGCGGAGUGAGUAGAUUUAAGAGCUCUUUGAAUAGAUUUCUCUUACAUUAUGUCACUAUGAGCAGAAAAAGGAGAUUUUAGAGCUUUGUAAAUAAAAUUUCUCUACUAUCAUAGCCAUGUGAAUAAUGAGCAAAGGAGAUAUAUAAGCUUUGUGAAAAUAAAUCUCUUUUAAAUAGCAUAGCUAUGGGAACAAAAUAGGGAUAUUUAAUAGCUCAAUGAAUAUAUUUCUUUAAAUUCAUUGCUAUCAUAUAGUUAUGAACUUCAGUGGAUACCGGAGCUCUGUCUGUUGAUGGAGAAGGCCGAUGACUUGUAUGUUAAGUGUAUCUCGCAUUUGGUUAAUUAUGUGGCUCUAUUUGAAUAGCUAUUAAUUAAUAGAAAUAAUUAAUUACUAGCUCUUUCUUAAAAGUAUGAUUCUUUCUUCUUUGUCAGUAGAUUCUAAUCACAAUUCCUGUUUUUUUGGGGUAUCUAAAAAAUAACACAAAAGCAUUAUACUGUAAUGUUCGAUAUAUCAAACACCGGCAGACGUGUUGUCAUGAUUCUUCCGAAAAACAUGACUGUGAGCAGGAUCUCGCAGGUCGGAAUUCCUAUGUCCGUCUUCAAUGAAGUCUUCGGUGUAAUACGCCUUUCAAACUAUGAUUGCCAGACUGUGCUACCAAUUAUUGCUCUUAUAAUUUUUUUUUUACAUGUUUAUCUUCUUAAUUUAGACAAGAGUGAGCGGAUCUGAAAGGAUUUCAAUCUGAUAUCUUAAAAUUAAAUAGGGGACCAAACUUUUGUACCAUUUUGUUACCUGUAGAUGGCCCAUUAUGAUCAUUUAAUGUAUUGAAUCUAAUUAAAAACGUUUUUGGCCAUAGGUUCAGACUGUGUUUUCAGGGAUGCUUGUACAUAUAUUCGUGUUGUACAGUUUUAACGCCAUUGUUCCUAAGAAGUUUGCAAUCGUUGUCAAACUGUUCAUUUCUUCAACUAUUUUGUAUUAUUAAUUCAAAGUCUGAGUACAAGUUACUGCAUGAUUUAUUUAUUUUUAUUCCGAAUAAACGAUAGUAUUGACAACAAG